AGAAGAAGGAAAACAGAAAAAAAAAAAAAAAAAAACAAGAGAAAAGAGAAAAGAGACAGAGAAGAGAGCCAAGACAGAGCGAGUCUCUUCGUUGUCUACGACUCUGCUGAAUUAGUAAUUGGAUCGCCGUCUAGAAUCCCCUCGCGAGCGGCUAAGCAUGGCGGCGAUAACGUCAUCCCGGGCGCCCCUCCUCUCGCUCCUGCGCAGCCGCUGCUCUCCGCGCCCUCCUCAGAGCACUACUAAUAGACAGCCCGUCUCGCCCCUCCGGCAUCCUGCUCAUCCUGCUCAUCCUGCUCAUCCUGUUGCAACUGCUGCUCUCUUCCGCCCGUCAACCUGCACCGUGGCAUCAUCGCUGCUUCGAGUCCUGCCAUCAGCAUCAGCAUCACUGUCAUCGUCCGCGCGAAGGACAUUCAGCACCACCCUCCCACCCCGCUUUCGAGGAACUGCCGCAAACAUGGUUGUCACCGCACUUAAGGACAAUGCCGCCUUCCAAGCUGCCAUAAACCCCGCUGCCGUCGCCAGCGAAGGCAAGAAACUCGUCGUCGUCGACUGCUUCGCGACCUGGUGCGGCCCCUGCCAGGCCAUCGCCCCCAAAGUCAACGAGUUCAGCGAGAAAUACCCCGACGUCGCCUUCUACAAGAUCGAUGUCGACGAUGCUCCCGACGUCGCGCAGGAGUUGGGCGUGAGGGCCAUGCCGACUUUCGUGUUCUUCAAAGAUGGACAGAAGGUCGACGAGGUGCUCGGCGCAGUGCCUCCGGCUUUGGAGGCGGCGAUCCAGAAGAACCGGGCAUAGAUUAUUUGAUUAUUUUUCCCUUUUUUUUUUUUUCCGGUUAACAAGGGGAGAUGUUGAAGAUCGAAAUUUGGGAUGAAUAGAUGCUUGGGAUACUAGGGAGGGAGGUUUGAAGGGGUAGACGUUUGUUGUUAUUGAUUCUGCUUGUUUUUAGAGGCCUCUGCGGUGGUGUUUUUUGUAAUUUUUGCUUCAGAUAUCUUGAACAGAUCGGAUCUGGGCAUACCUUAAAAAACCACACCCACGCCCUGUCUACCUACCCACCUACCUACCUACCUACUCUACUCUACUCUACUCUAACCAAUGAAGAAUCUACGACAAAACUGUUUUGGUUGCUCUUAUGCAUAGCAUCCCAUGACCGGAAUAGAGAUUUAUUAUAUCCCAUCCAAA